AUGGUCCGGUCAAUGGUCUACGGCUUUGCCAGCCUAGCGCUCACCGUGAACUCAGUAUGGGCAGCGGCCUCCUACAAACUUGUUGACAAUUACGAUGCCAGCAAUUUCUUCACGGAGUUCGACUUUUUCACUGAACCCGAUCCGACCCACGGUUUUGUCGCGUACGCCGAUGCCGACACUGCCAGCCGCCACAGUCUUGCCGGCUUCGCCAACGACGGUGUCUAUCUCGGCGUCGACUACGCCAACACCACCACACAAGGCCGCGCUUCGACCCGCGUUACUUCCAAAAAGGCUUACACCAAGGGCCUCUUCAUCGCCGACAUUGCCCACAUGCCCGCAGGCGCCGACGAUUCCAACUCGUGCGGCGUGUGGCCGGCCUUUUGGAUGGUCGGCCCCGACUGGCCCAACUCAGGCGAGAUCGACAUCAUUGAAGGCGUCAACAACCAGCCCUCCAACACAGUCUCGUUACACACAGCCCCCGGGUGCACGGUGACCAACGUCGGUUCCCUCACCAGCACCAAGUUGGUCUCAACCGACUGCCAGGGCAACGCCGGCUGCAGCCAGGACACGCACCCCGACAACAACUACGGUACCGCCUUCAACGCGGCCGGCGGCGGCGUCUACGCCCUCGAGUGGACGGACGACGCCAUCAAAGCCUGGUUCUUCCCCCGCGGUAGUGACACCGCCACCCGACUUUCAUCACCCGCCGCCUCAUCAUCUUUCCCCUCAAACUCCUCGUCAUCCGCAGCCACGCCAGACCCAUCCACCUUCGGCACCCCACUUGCCGUCUUUAUCGGAGGCGCCAACUGCCCGAUCGCCGAGCACUUCUCCAACCACAACCUGGUGUUCGACACCACCUUUUGCGGCGACUGGGCCGGCAAGAUGUGGGGCGCCGACCAGACUUGUGCCGCGCUGGCGAGUACGUGUGAGGAGUAUGUGGGCGCGAACCCGGAGGCGUUUAGUGGUGCGUAUUGGUUGGUGAAUGGAGUGCGGGUGUAUCAGGCUGAUGAUGCUGGUGCUGGUGCUGGCGAGGGGAGUCAGUUGAAGAAGAAGCGGGAUCCGUUGAGGAGGAUUAGGAAAGGGGUGGUUAAGUGGCGUGGUUAG